CUAUAUAGUUAUACAUAUAUAGAGUUGAGUUGAGAGCCAAAUUUAGAUAAGAGACUGAAGAAGAACAACUCCCAGGAUGAGCACAACCACUCAUUUUCUCUCUCCUUUCCUUUACCAACCUCUCAAAACCCCUAAAACCCUAACCCUAAUUUUCACCAAAAUUCCCCAAUCUCAUAAUCCUCAAAUUAAGCCCCAAAUUAUAAAUGCAGAGAAUAAACCAGCUCGCAAAAACCCUAGAAAAAGGUCGUUUGGUAGGAGGUCAGUUCUUAAGAAAUCAUUCACUCAGGAACAGGUGGUUUUUACAGCUCCACUUUCCGAUGAUCCAGAAGUUGGGAUAAUUGGUGGAGGAAUGGCGGGUCUUAUUUGCGCUCUCUAUUUGGAAAAGAGAGGAAUUCGUUCCACUGUUUUCGACACGGGAAUGCAUGGUUUGGGGGGGAGGAUGGGAACAAGAAUUAUUGAACCUCAGCACUUUGCUUUCGACCAUGCUGCUCAGUUCUUUACUGUCAGUGAUUUGCAGUUUGCUGAGUUGGUGAAUGGAUGGAUUGAUAAGGGAAUAGUACAGCAAUGGCAAGGUACAGUUGGAGAAGUUGAACCUGGGGGUCAGUUUUCUCCACUGCCUGCUUCCCCGCCACGAUAUAUAGGUGUUAACGGAAUGCGUCCACUAGCUGAUUCGAUCUUGUCAGAGACAAAACUGGUUGAAGUCGUAAGGCCUUGUUGGAUCAGUACAUUAGAGCCAUUUAGUGGAAUGUGGCAUUUGAGUGAGAAUGGAAAGCCACGCGGAAAAUUUGACACAAUUGUUGUUGCACAUAAUGGAAAAUGUGCAAAUCGCUUACUUGCUUCUUCGGGAUUGCCGCUUAUUGCUAAACAGAUGAAGAGAUUAGAAUUGAGCUCUAUAUGGGCCCUCCUUGCAGCAUUUGAAGAUCCUCUUCCUUUGACAUUUCCCUUUGAAGGAGCAUUUGUAAAAGGAAUUGAUGCUUUAUCAUGGAUGGCAAACAACUCCGCAAAAUUGUCUUCUACCCAAGGUGGUCCUCAUUGCUGGACCUUCUUCAGUACAGCAGCUUUUGGAAAGCGGAACAAGGUUCCACAGGAAAACAUUCCAAAUGUCACAGCAGAGAAGGUGACGAUGCUGAUGCUAGAGGGUGUAGAGAGUGCAUUAGGGCUGUCAAAAGGAUCACUGAAGAAACCAAUUUAUACCAAGGUGCAACUGUGGGGGGCAGCCCUUCCAAACAAUAUUCCAGGUACACCAUGCAUCUUUGAUCCUCAGGGAAGAGCUGGUAUAUGUGGUGAUUGGCUGCUAGGAUCAAGUCUAGAGAGUGCUGCUCUCAGCGGGAUGUCAAUGGCUAGUCAUAUUGCAGACUAUUUUCAAAGUGGUGGAACACAUGCAGAGGAUUAUGCUAUCGGCUUGCACAAUGAAUUCCAACAGAUAGAAGGAUACGACAUCGGGCAAUUUCCGGGAACAGAACCUAAAGAAAUGGUGAGGGAAGAACUUGUACAAAUAUAAAGAUGGUAAAGUUUGUAGGGAUCUAUCACAAUAUUCUCUUUGGAGGAAGCAAAUAGACUAAUAAUUCUUGAUCUGAAGCAUGGACUAUUGGACUCAUAAGAGGUUCUUGAGACGCUCUUUUGAGUCUUUGGGGUGUUUAAUGACAAAGUUAUCGUCUCUCCACAAUUUUUGGCUAUUCAAGCUCCAAGUACCCGGAUCAAUCAGAAGUUCGAUUCUGUCUGAACUACUCAUUGCACGAGUAAAGAUUUUGAUUUUAUUUAGCUAUUUCUUGAUUCAUAUUUGUAUGUAUGUAGGUUACACGUUGAUCUGAUAGCCAUAUAUAGUUUAUGCCCUUGAAUAUUUGGUUGAAAACUGACCCAAAGAUGACUUUGAAUCCAGUAAUGUGCCUCUGCAUGUUGCAGUUCAAA